CUCAGCCUCCCUCCCUGGCUGCGGGCUGCUGGGCGGACCGGGGCAGACCCGAGCGGACCAGUUCCGUGUUCCGUGCUGAUCGACGCACGGAGCGUGACGGUGCGUGACGGUGCGGGAGGAGCCUGCCGGGAGAUGGUGGACGUGCGGGGGCCGGAGGUGAUUUCAUCGCGUCACCAUCUGCCAGCAGAGCAUCACGGACACGUCAGAGGCAGCGACUCUGCACCGAGGAUCUGACUCCGGGAGGAAGCUGUGCAGACCGACCUUUGACCCCUCAUGGAAUAAAGAUGGCCGUUUGGCGGAGACAGGGGAGAAAGCGACUCAUCUCUCUCUCUGGGAAUUCUGGGAAUGUAAUAAACGUGUUUGGCUGACUCUGGACCUGAUGAGCCGGGUGUGUCCUCAUCUCGUCGGGGCGGACGCUGCUCAGUGAAGAGGAAUAAAGUCUGAAAUGUUCCUGAAGGAAAAGUGAUCUCAGAAGAACGUUCGGAGGAGGAUGGAGCAGGAUUUCACACAGUAGACGUCAAAGAGGAGUUGGCACUAAGCUGGACUAACGUUAGCCAGUGUGGGUGAACAUUGAAACUCUCUAUCACGCAGUUCAACCACAGAUCAACUUUCAGCCUGGAGCCACGAAGCCUCCAUCACUCUACUGGAGGUUAGAACGCUCCCUCCAUCUGUUUAACAUGGCCGCCACCGGGAGGAAGCACUUUGUGAGAGACUUUAAUCACUUCAUCACGUGUUACCUGUGUCGAGGUUACCUGAUCAAACCCACCACCGUCACCGAGUGCCUGCACACCUUUUGUAAGAGCUGCAUCGUUCAGCACUUUGAGGACAGUAACGAUUGUCCCAGAUGUGGCAUCCAGGUCCACGAGACCAACCCCCUGGAGAUGCUCAGGUUGGACAACACCCUGGAGGAGAUCAUCUUCAAGCUGGUGCCCGGACUCAGAGAAGAAGAGGAGCAGCGAGAACUGGAGUUCUGGAGGAGGAACCAGAAAGAGAACGGGCAAGGAGCCCUGAGGCGUCAGAGGUUCGGGCUUCCUGAUGUCGGAGGUGAAGCUGGUGGAGAAGACGAUGAUGGCGGCGAUGAGGACUUCCACAGGAGUGACCCUCAGAUCGCCAUCUGUCUGGACUGUCUGCGGAACACGGCGCCGUCUGGAGACAGCUCGGUCUCGGAUCUGAUGAAGAGGUUCAUCCGCUGCUCCAGUCGCGUUACCGUCGGAACCAUUAAGAAGUUUCUCAGUCUGAAGCUGAAGCUGCCGAGUUCUUAUGAGCUGGACGUUCUGUGUAACGGGGAGAUCAUGGGCAGAGAUCACACUCUGGAGUUCAUCUACAUGACGCGCUGGAGGCUCCACGGAGAGAACACGUAUCCCAUGGUUCUGGAGUACCGGCCCCGAAUCGACUUCGGCUGAACCACGGCUGCAAGAGGAGGAGCACACACACACACACACACAGGCACACACACACACGCCCACGCACACACACACACAGGAACACACACAGGCACACACACAGGCACACACACACACACACACACACACACACAGGCACACACACACACACACAAACACACACAGGCACACAGACAGGCACACACACACACACACAGGCACCCGCACACACAGGCACCCGCACACACACACACAGAAACACACACACAGGCACACACACACACACACACACACACACAGAAACACACAGGCACACACACACAGGCACACGCACACACACAGGCACACGUACACACACAGAAACACACAGGCACACACACACACACACACACACACACACAGAAACACACACACAGGCACACACACACACACACACACACACACAGAAACACACAGGCACACACACACAGGCACACGCACACACACACACACAGGCACACGUACACACACAGAAACACACAGGCACACACACACACACACACACACACACACACACACACACACCCAAUGCCCACAAUGUGCAGACAGAGACUCAGAUGUAUUUUUGUACAGAUGAUGAUGAAGUGCAGAUGUUGCUAUGGUGACAGAGGUUUUAUGCUACAUAGAAUAAUAUAUAUAUGCGAUAAUAUAAGAUAUUUUUAAAUGUAUGUCCCUGUGCCUAAAAACCUUUAAUCAUAUCUUCACUUUGCCUGUUUAACUUCAACUCUGUAGAUUAAAUGUUGAUUUUCUACUGUC